AUGGCAGACACAGAUACCGUCGCCGGCGCUCCAAGCGCUUCCAACACCAACGCCCUCCCACUCCCAAACCCAGACUCCCUCGACCUCUCCCCAGAAAGAGAAACCACAAUGCCCUCCGCCUCGAACCCUACAGCGUCAGCACCUCUGACGCGCACGGAAACAACUCCAGCCCUAGGUCCUGCCGUCGACGCUCCAAUCGCCCAUCCUCCUCCUCCAUCUUCCUCCUCCGGCGGCGGUCUCACCCUCAACAUCUCCCUGAUGCUCACGACCGGUGCCCGCCAUCCUUAUAAGAUCGACUCCAAAUACCUCUCUUCACGGAAAGUUUCCGCGGUCAAUAGUGAGGGAGUCUUUGACCCGCGAGUGUUGAGUGGAUACCAAUUAAAAGAAUUGAUCUGGACGGAUUGGAGGAGUGAGGAUUGGGAGGCUAGACCUGUGAGUCCGAGUAGUAUACGCCUCAUUUUGAUGGKGAGGAUGAUUGAGGACAAGGGAGUUUUACGUGACUUCCCAUUCAACAUGGAUCAGACGAAUGUCGUGCAUAUGACUGUCAAACCCGCGGAUCUUAUCGAGGAUGAAGCGGAGGUUGGGACGGCGAAAGGGAAGAGUGGGGUGCUGAGGCAAAGGGACUCCGGUGGGGAGGAGAGGGGAAGUGGGUGUCGCUGUGUGAUUCAAUGA